AUGGGUCAAAUCCUUUCACAACCUGUUACUGAAAAACAUUCUGAAGAUGGUCAAGAUAAAUAUUUAGCUUAUGGAUUAUCUUGUAUGCAAGGUUGGAGAAUUAAUAUGGAAGAUUCACAUGCUACAAUUUUAAACUUAAAUGAGAAACAAGAAGAAGUAGAACAUGUUGCAUUUUUUGGAGUUUAUGAUGGUCAUGGUGGUGAAAAAGCUGCAAUUUUUACUGGAGAACAUUUACAUCAAUUAAUUAAACAAACUAAAGAAUUUCAAUCAAAGGAUUAUAUAAAUGCAUUGAAACAAGGAUUUUUAUCUUGUGAUCAAGCGAUAUUAAAAGAUUUUUUUAUGAAAGAUGACGAAAGUGGUUGUGCAGCCACAUCAAUUAUAAUAACUCCAAAAAAUUUAAUUUGUGGUAAUGCAGGAGAUUCAAGAACAAUUAUGUCAAUAAAUGGAUUUGCUAAAAAUUUAUCAUAUGAUCAUAAACCAAGUAAUGAAGGUGAAAAGGCAAGAAUUUGUGCUGCUGGUGGUUAUGUUGAUAUGGGUAGAGUUAAUGGUAAUUUAGCAUUAUCAAGAGGUAUUGGAGAUUUUGAUUUUAAAAAAAAUGUUGAUUUACCAGCAGAAGAACAAAUUGUAACGUGUUAUCCAGAUGUAAUACAACAUGAAAUUGAUUAUAAACAAGAUGAAUUUGUUAUAUUAGCAUGUGAUGGUAUAUGGGAUUGUUUAACUUCACAAAAAUGUGUUGAAUGUGUUAGAAGAGGCAUAAGUGAAAGAAAAUCAUUAACACAAAUAUCUGAAGAAAUAAUGGAAUUAUGUUGUGCACCAACUUCUGAUGGUUCUGGUAUUGGUUGUGAUAAUAUGUCAAUUGUAAUUAUAGCAUUAUUAGAUUAUGAAACUAAUGAAACUUUAGAUGAUUGGUAUGAUAAAAUUACUAAAAGAAUUGAAGAAAAUGAUGAUGAUAAAUAUGGUUCAAUUUCAAAACCUUAUGAUGAACUAUAUAAAGAAAUGUAUGGUGAAUAUUAUGAAAUAGGUCAACAAUCUCAAGGUGGUAACAAUAAUAAUAAUAAUAAAAAUUUAGGUAUGGCUAAUGGUAAUUCAAUAUUUGGUAGAGGUGGUUAUGAUGGUGAAGAAAAAGAUGAAGGAACAGAAGAUGAUGAUGAACCAGGUUUAAAUUCAGGUGCUAUUUCUUUACAAAAAUUAUUAGCUUCAAAUGCAAUAACUAAUGAAAAUGGAGUAAUAUAUUUAGAUACAUCAAGUGCUCAAUCUUUAUUAGCUCAUUUUGGAGUAUCUGAACCAAGCCAUGAACAUGAAGAAGAACAAAAAAUUCAAGAACAUGAAGAUGCCAAGGUUGAAGAAGUUCAAGAUAACGAAGAUGAAGAACUUAUUGAAGAUAUAAAAGAUGAUAAAGAUGAUAAAAAUGAUUAA